CAUCGGUUUGAACAAAAUAAGCACCGAUAAGAGCACGAGAAAACCGACUCCGCAAUAUCAAACUCCGUGCAGCCACUCGAUCGGCACUUUAAUGCAUUAGCAAGCUAGGUACGACCAAGCCAAGCAAUUCACACCACUGCAGAAUGGUAGCUAUGAAAACUCUUAAUUCUCAAAGGCAGUUUCAAAGAUGAAUGCAUCAGGAGAUUCUGACCUUCUGUGACCGCCUUUCCUGAGACCAUAAGACCUAGCGAUCGGUCGCUAAAAUGAUUAGCAAUGCUAGUGCGGCUGCCUCAGCCAAUCACAGUUCAGGGUCCGGCAACCUCUACCGGCCCUUUUCGGUGUUCAGCGUCCUUACGCUGACCCUGCUGGCCAUGCUCGUGGCGGCCACGUUCAUGUGGAACGCCCUGGUACUGGCCACCAUCCUGAGGGUGCGCACCUUCCAUCGCGUCCCCCACAACCUGGUGGCCUCUAUGGCCAUGUCCGACGUGAUGGUGGCCGUGCUGGUCAUGCCGCUCAGCUUGGUCCACGAGCUGAACGGAAGACGCUGGAAGCUGGGCCGGGCCCUCUGCCAGCUCUGGGUCUCCUUCGACGUCCUCUGCUGCACAGCCAGCAUCUGGAACGUGACCGCCAUCGCCCUGGACCGCUAUUGGUCCAUCACCCGGCACCUAGAGUACACCCUGAAGACCAGGAAGAGGAUCUCCAAUGUGAUGAUCGCCCUCACCUGGCUCCUGUCGGCGGUCAUCUCCCUGUCGCCGCUCUUCGGCUGGGGCGAGACCUACUCGGAGGAGCGGAUGGGUUGCCAAGUCAGCAGGGAACCCUCGUACACCGUAUUCUCCACUGUCGGAGCCUUCUACCUGCCUCUCUGCGUCGUGCUGUUCGUUUACUGGAAAAUAUACCGGGCUGCCAGGUUCCGGAUUGGAUCCCGCAAGACUAACACCAUCACCCCCAUGGCAGAAGUCGUGGAGGUGAAAGAGGCAUCCCAUCAACCCCAGCUAGCAUUCCGUACACGGCACGCCACGGUGACCUUCCAGGCGGACGGGGACUCGUGGCGGGAGCAGAAGGAGCGACGUGCCGCUCUGAUGGUGGGGAUCCUGAUCGGGGUGUUCGUGCUCUGCUGGAUCCCCUUCUUCACGGCAGAGCUAGCCCAGCCGCUCUGCUCCUGCGACAUGCCCCCCCUCUGGAAGAGCGUCUUCCUCUGGCUCGGCUACUCGAACUCCUUCUUCAACCCGCUCAUCUACACCGCCUUCAACAAGAACUACAACAGCGCUUUCCGGAACCUGUUCAUCCGGCAGCGUUGAGACGCCUGUCCUCGCAUCUGUCCCGCUUGGAGCUCAGAGGGUCCAUCGUGCAGGUUCCGAAAGGUCCAGCGUUAAUCCCCUUCUGCCCGCAAAGUACAGAUCCCUAAAGGCAGGCUGCUUUGACUGAGGCCCGCUGUUGCUUAACGCUAAACACACAUGAAACCGCAGAGAGACAAAUCUGUCGGCACUCGGGAAGCUGAGCCGACGUUCCAGAAGCUGAUCGCUGUCCAUGUCUGACGUCUGUCUUCCUCCGUCACACACUGGCUCACAAAUACAACUUUCCAUUAACCAGGGAGUAGUUGUGCUGAGGGGUAUCAAGCGGAUCUCCUUCUGGAAGCUUCCUCCAGAUGCCCAGGGUGGACACUCGGCAUACACAUAUGCUCUGCUGCACCUUGGGACUCUUGGACUCAAGUCCUGAUGUUCUCCAAACCAUGACACUAAAUAACUUAUCGAACAGACACUCAUGUGCUCAAUAUGUAUCACAGUCUGUAAGCUCUGAAAAUUCCCAGUGAGUGUUUAUUCGUCUGCUCCUCUUUCCGUCUUCGAAAAAGAAGCGAUGCGAUCUUCUCCAUUCUCUAGCGCGUAUCAGCCACAGAAAGGCAAAGAGAUUAAGGAGCCAGACUAUAAAGCCAGUAGUGAUCAGUUGUCAUGGCUAGAUAUGAUAUUUACAGACACAAUUUAGGUUCGUAGCUGGUUAAAAGAUACACAUAUAUGUGGUCUAUGUAUCCUUGGUUGAGAAUGUCUGUUAAGAUGUAGCGAAAUAUGUAAACGUGAAGGGAACGCUUGUUUCUUUAUAAUGACAGGUGAGGAGUAGUUGACAGGACAGACGGCAAAAGGCUUCUUGUCAACACCAGACUUGUGCUGCAAGUCACACACAUCUAGGUUCAUCGGAAUUCCGAAGCAAAGUAUGAAAGUGCCGUUUGAAGGAGAGGAGUUCUGAAGAGUGGAUGUUAUUACCUCACAGAGGAUUUGAGUUCUUACGCCACAUCCUGCCACCCAAGGCAGGAAAAUGUUCUAGUGGCAUAUUGGAAGGAACUCUCUGUUCGGUGUCGGUAUUCAGUAUUGCACGGCUGUGUGCACCAUCCGAUUUUUUAUUGGAGGUGAAUCCAUCACUAGUGAAACACUACCUGACUUUCACCUUUUAUUUUAGUUAAUGAAAUCACAUUAAAUUCUUUCCUGAGGGAAUCUGUUCGCCAUCUAGGCUAUUAGAGAAAUCGGUUAAAAUUAUAUCUGUGAAGUCCACCUGUAUUUGGACAUCGAUUUAUCAAAUGAGAGCUGUACUGACAUAAAUCUUGUUCCUCGCGUUUUGGAAAAAAAAAAAAACGGCGAUGUGUUUGAGCGCAGGAAUUGACAGCAAUUAAAAGUGAGCGGCUUGUGACAGUGGUGCGAUCACAUUUGUGCUGCGGAACCAGAGGACAUGGCGUUAAGCUGUGGUGACAGAGGAAUAUGGAAAUUAUGGACUGGAAACGCAAGAGAAGAUAUGAGAUGACAUGAUAUUCCUCUAACAAAAUGAUUUUUCUGUCGUUCUUUCACAGGUACUGUAAUUGGCAACCAUGCUACAAUGAAAUACAGGAACAAAAUAAUCAAAUCCCCCCCCACCCCUCACGUAAUUUAAUUAUCCCCCUUGUGUGUGUUUCUCUUGGAAGAUAAAAAAGGAAUUCUUCAAAUCUCUGCCUAUUCUCCUUGCUUCAAAGGA